UAUAAUAGAAUUAUUACGUAUCAAAAUUGUCCGCUGUCGUCUCUCACUAUCUCAACAAUUAUCCUCUUUGUUUUCACUUUUUCCUUCUCACUCGCAGCAAGCAAAUAAGAAAAACAAAAUUUCUUCAAAAACCCGAAGUUUCCUCUCAGAACAGAAAAAUAAAAGCGAAAGCUUUGGGUUUUUUAAUGCAUGAUCUGUUUUCAUUGAUUAAUCAAAAAUAUAUAUUUGUUUCUAUUUCUGGGUUUUAAGGGAAAUUCUACCAUUGUUGCCAACUCAAUUGACUUUUAAUAUCGUCAAGAGUGAAAGGGUCAGAGAAUUAUAAUCCUUGCUUUGAAUUGUUCAUUGUUGGGAAUAAGCUGAAAACCUAACUGGGAAUUAGAAUUUGAGUGUUUGUUUGUUAGUUGGAGAGAUGACGCUAGAGUCUUUACCCGGGAGUUCAGGGUAUCUGGAUUUGUUUCCAGAGAGACGAAUGUCAUAUUUCAGUAAUCCUUAUGUUUUAGGACUUACUGUAAUUGCUGGAAUUGGUGGCUUGCUCUUUGGCUAUGACACAGGUGUAAUAUCAGGGGCCCUUCUUUACAUAAAAGAUGACUUUGAGAUCGUCAGGCAGAGUAGUUUCCUGCAGGAAACUAUUGUCAGCAUGGCCUUGGUUGGUGCAAUGAUUGGAGCUGCAUCCGGGGGUUGGAUUAACGAUGCUUAUGGACGUAAGAUGGCUACUCUUCUUGCAGAUGUUGUCUUUACUGCUGGAGCAAUUGUCAUGGCCGCUGCACCCGAUCCAUAUGUGCUGAUAUUGGGACGCCUUUUAGUUGGCCUAGGUGUGGGUACUGCCUCUGUGACCGCUCCCGUAUAUAUUGCUGAAGCAUCACCUUCGGAAGUAAGGGGUGGGCUAGUUAGCACAAAUGUGCUUAUGAUAACUGGUGGACAGUUUCUUUCCUACCUUGUAAAUCUUGCUUUUACACAGGUUCGAGGAACAUGGAGAUGGAUGCUUGGAGUUUCAGCUGUGCCAGCUGUCAUUCAGUUUUUCCUUAUGCUAUGUUUGCCCGAGUCUCCACGAUGGCUUUUCAUGAAGAAUGAGAAAGAUAAAGCCAUAGCUGUGCUUUCUAAAAUUUAUGACAUUGCUCGGUUAGAAGAUGAAGUGGAUCACCUUUCUGCUGCACUAGAAGAAGAACAGCAGAGAAAGAAUACUGUCAGAUAUUUGGAUGUUUUUAGAACAAAAGAAAUUAGACUUGCUUUUCUGGCUGGGGCAGGACUGCAGGCUUUUCAGCAGUUCACUGGCAUCAAUACAGUUAUGUACUAUAGUCCAACAAUCGUCCAGAUGGCUGGCUUCAAUUCCAAUCAGCUAGCACUUCUGCUGUCUCUCAUUGUCGCUGCCAUGAAUGCAGGAGGAACUGUUGUCGGCAUUUACCUUAUCGAUCAUUUCGGAAGGAAAAAGCUGGCUCUUUCAAGCUUAUCUGGUGUCAUCGUGUCCCUUGUCAUCCUUGCUGGGGCCUUUUUUGCUGAAACACCUGGUUCUUCUAAUGGAAUUUAUGGAUGGCUGGCAGUCAUUGGAUUAGCCCUCUACAUUGCAUUCUUCGCACCUGGAAUGGGGCCUGUUCCAUGGACUGUGAACUCAGAGAUAUACCCUGAGCAAUACCGAGGGAUCUGUGGGGGCAUGUCGGCUACUGUGAAUUGGAUUUCAAAUUUGAUUGUGGCCCAGACUUUUCUUACAAUUGCUGAAGCAGUGGGAACUGGUGUUACUUUCUUGAUUCUCGCUGGCAUAGCUUUGCUUGCAGUGGUUUUUGUGAUUGUGUAUGUGCCGGAGACCAAGGGGUUGACAUUCGUUGAAGUGGAACGAAUUUGGAAAGAAAGGGCUUGGGGAAGCAGUUAUAACACUGAAAGCCUUCUCGAGCAUGGAAACGAGUCCGCCUAGUCACUAUCGAAAUCAACCCGGCAUGCUUUUCUACAAAGUCGAUAUCCUGUCCUGGAGGCAGUUGAAGGUGUGAGCUUCAUCUUUCUACACAUAAAUGUCGAAAGGUGAGGCAUCUUAAAACAUUUAGAUUGUUUACUGCAUUUUGGUCUUGCAUAUUUCAAAGUUGAGAAGGAACUUGGUGGUGAUGAUAGAUAAUCUUGUAUAUAUAAGUUGUAUUAUCACCAACGGCACGGGACAUCUUUUAAGUAGGCCCGAAGUCGAGGCAUGAUCCUUGUAUAUGUUCUUUAGCUCAUGUUUUCAAAGCCUUGUUGGAAGCAAAAA